UUUGUCUAAAUUUAAAGAUGGCUGCGCCCUACUACGCGUGUGCGCCGUGGUUUUACACGUUAUUUCCCCUUGCGCUGUCGCUUUUAUUGUUAUGGCGGGCAUUAGGAGCAGUUUAAUCAUUUAUUGUAUUUCUGAGACGUAACUUUCUUGUACGUGGUCGCUACGCGUGCCGUAAACAAUUUCAUUGCGAGUUACCUCUGCGCUGCAUAACAUCUGGAUAACAUCAUAACAAGAAUCACAGCCAUGGAGGAGGAAGAUCCUCCAGUUGUUCAGUUUCACGAAAUGGGGCUCGAUGACCGGCUUCUGCUGGCCAUAUCUCGCCAGAAAUGGCACACACCGACCCUCAUCCAGGAGAAAGCCAUCCCCCUGGCCCUGGAGGGCAAGGACAUCCUGGCGCGGGCGCGGACCGGCUCCGGCAAGUCAGCCGCCUUUGCCAUCCCCGUGAUUCAGAUGAUCCUGCAGAACAAGAAGUCGUGCGCGCACCAGGAGGUGCAGGCUCUGGUGCUGGCGCCCACCCGGGAGCUCUGCCAGCAGCUCUGUUCUCACUUUGAGGCGCUGACCAGCUCGUGCUCGCGCGAGGUGCGCUGCGCCAACAUCGGCACUCAGGCGGACCUGGCGGCGCAGAAGGCGAUCCUGCAGCACCGGCCGGACGUGGUGGUGGGCACGCCGUCGCGCGUGCUGGCGCACCUGCAGUCGGGCAGCCUGGACGUGUCGCGUUCGCUGCGCACUCUGGUGGUGGACGAGGCGGACCUGAUGCUGACGUUCGGCCACAGCGGCGACCUGCAGCAGGUGGCGCGCCACCUGCCCGCCGUCUGCCAGGCCAUCCUGAUGAGCGCCACCCUGUCGGAGGAGGUGCGCGAGCUGCGCCAGCUGCUGCUGCAUAACCCGGUGGUGCUCAAACUGGAGGAGCCGCAGCUGCCCGCCUCCAACCAGCUGUCGCAGUACCACCUCAAGGUCGAGGAAAAGGACAAGUUUGUGCUCAUCUACACCCUGUUUAAACUGAAACUGGUACGUGGAAAGACGAUCAUCUUCGUGGCCACCGUGGAUCGCUGCUAUAAGCUGAAGCUGUAUCUGGAGCAGUUUGGCAUCCCGACGUGCGCCCUGAGCUCGGAGCUGCCGGCGAAUUCGCGGAGCCACAUCCUGUCGCAGUUCAACGACGGCGCGUACGAUAUCAUCAUCGCGUCCGACGAGAGGUUCCUGGACGAGCCGGAGCCGCCGGCCGAGGAGCAGGAAGACACCAAACAGAAGAAGAGAACCAAGAAGGGCGGCGAGGCUGGCGAGCCGAGCAAGAAAAAACGCAAGCAGGACAAGGAGUCUGGAGUGGUGCGGGGCAUCGACUUCCAGUUUGUCUCGAAUGUCAUCAACUUUGACUUCCCGCAGGACGUCGACUCUUACAUUCACCGCGUCGGUCGGACGGCACGCGGUAACAGCAAGGGUUCUGCGCUGUCCUUCGUCAGCAUCAAGGAGCAGCCGAUGCUGGACGAGGUGACGGAGAAGCUGCACACCAUGUUCCCGGGCGAGGCGCACCUGUUCAAGCCGUACCAGUUCCGCAUGGAGGAGAUCGAGGGGUUCCGCUACCGGGCCCAGGACGCCAUGCGUGCCGUCACCAAACGCGCCAUCCGAGAGGCGCGGCUCAAAGAGAUAAAGCAGGAGCUACUCAACUCCAAGCGGCUCCAGUCGUACUUUGAGGAGAACCCAAGGGACCUGCAGGUGCUGCGGCACGACAAAGCACUGCAUACGGUGAAGGUGCAGAAGCACAUGAAGCAUGUGCCGGAGUAUAUCGUGCCCAAGUCGUUGCGAAAACGUGCGGGUAUCAUAGAGAAGGAGAGACUGAAACAGCGAAAGGCCGCAGCGGCCGCGAGUCAGUCGUCCUCAGCGAAAAAGCCGCGCAGCGGACGGGCGAAACAGGCGGAAAAUCCCCUCAAAACCCUAAAGUUUGAAGGCUUUGAUGACGAAUUUCGGUGAGAAUCUGAUUGGACGUCAUCUGUCUUGUCUCUUGUACUUAUGUGUUGACGUGUUAUUAGAUAUGAAGUUCGGCUAUGUGCUGACUGGAAUGUGGUACCAUAUUUUCGUAAUAAUGAAGCAUCUCAAGCUGAAGCGCUAUGACAGAUUCUGGUCCUACCUAUGGGACGUGACCUGCUGUGCGAUGUGCUGUUCAGCUAAUGCGCGAUUGUUGGUAUUGUCAUUUGGUGGUCAUGUGCUAAAACGAGGAAUACAUUAGGGAACUCAG